CCUCUACCCAAGUAAACAAGUUUAGAAUUCAAAAUAUGUUAAGUAUUUUAAAAUGGAAGCGAAAAAAUCCAAACUACGAUUCAACAUGAUAACCAGAUACACCAGAGAACAAAAACUCGUGGCCACCGUUUGGUACCACGAAAGAGUCUACACUGAUAUGUCAUAUAAACAGCUAGCUGCUAACUUCCGAAUAAGAUUCGAUCUAAAGUAUCCCACACUCAACACUCUACAACAAUGGGACAGGAAAUUAUUUAAAAAGGGACGCAUCUAUAAAAUGCACAAACCUAUAAAGAGGUUAAUGCAAGUACCGUAUGUUAAAGCUUCUUUUGUGAAGUUUCCGAAUAUAGCCAUUAAAACUAGGGCUAAUUUGCUGGGAAUUUCCUGGACUACUUUAAUAAGUAUUCUGAACAAUGAUAUAAGUCCAGAGGAAGUGGAAUUGUUGAAGAAAAAGGGCGAAGAAAGAGCCAAUAAGAAUUCUGGUGAUACAGAAUCGAUGAAAGUUGUUGAGAAAAAUUGUUCGAAAAAUGAUAGUGAUAAUAAUAUUAAUAUAGAAACGAUUUCUGAUUAAAAUUGUUCUAGAAUACAUUG